AUGCCCCGCCGAGGCGCCCGCGUCUUCGCGGCGCUCGUCGCGGUCUUUAUGACCGUCGCCGUGCCCUCAAAAGCGUCCGGUGCGCCGAGUAAGAUCCCGGCAAGUCUGUCCCGGAAGGAAAUCAUCGAAAUGCGAGACGAAGUGAAGUCAAUGUUCUUCUCCACGCUCGACGCGUAUGUGACGCACGCGUACCCCCUGGACGAGCUCCGUCCGAUGACGUGUGAGGGCGUGAACGGAUUCGGGAGCUCGGAGGGAUUUGCGGUGACACUCGUGGACGCCCUAGAUGCCAUCGCGACGUUAGGGAAUAAGACGGCGUUCGAGCGUUCGGUACGGAAGGUGAUCGAACACCUCGAUUUCGACGUCGACGCGCACGUGAGCGUGUUCGAGAUGAACAUCAGGGUAUUGGGGGGGCUACUGAGCGCGCACAUGCUGGCGAGCGACGAGGCAACGGGAUUUAAGCUCGAUUGGUACGACGGCGAGUUGUUGGAGUUGGCGAGAGAGUUGGGAGAGGCGUUCAUGCCGGCGUUCGACACGCCGACGGGGAUACCGUACGGGGCGAUAAAUUUGAGAUACGGCGUGGAGGUGAAUGAGACGACGGUGACGAGUACCGCGGCCGGGGGAUCAUUGAUUUUAGAGUUUGGAAUGCUCUCCGAGUUGACGGGGGACCCGAAGUUCAUGCGCGCGGCGGAGACCUCACUCGAGGCACUUUGGGAGCGACGGAGCGAUAUUGGACUCGUCGGGGCGCACAUUGACAUUGUAAGUGGGUUUUGGACGCAAGCCGAGGCGAGCGUAGGAGCGGGGAUCGACAGUUUCUACGAGUAUCUGUUAAAGUCGUACAUGCUGUUUGGCAACGAGAGGCAUUUAGCCAUUUUUGAAGAGGCGUACGCCGCGAUCGAGGCGCACGUGCGCGUGGCUCCGUGGUAUUUAGAGUCGGGGAUGGCGACGGGAAAUAUCAUCACGUCAAGAUACGACUCGCUCAUGUCAUUUUGGCCAGGGCUCCAAACGUUGUACGGCGACAUCGAGACAGCGACGACGACGCACGACGCCUUUUUUCAGGUUUGGAAGCACUACGGUUUCACCCCGGAGGGUUUUGACGUACACGUAGGCUCGGCGAUUCCCGGUCAAAAGCCGUACCCACUUCGCCCCGAGCUCAUUGAAAGCACGUAUUUAUUGUACAAGGCGACGGGCGACGUGAGCUACAUCUCGUGCGGACGUGAUUUCCUCGCGAGUCUGAGACUUCUAAAGACCAAGUGUGGCUACGCCCACAUGAGAGACGUGGUGACGCAAAAGUUGGAGGACAAGAUGGAGAGUUUCUUCCUCGCCGAGACGCUCAAGUAUCUAUACUUGCUCUUCGAUGCGGCACUUGACAGGGAAAACAUCAUCGAUGGCGGCCCGUAUCCGUAUAUCUUCACGACCGAGGCACACAUCUUUCCUCUGAAACUGACCAUCGACGCGAAGGAUGAUCGUGUACAACACUCAACGCCGAGACUCGCCACGGCCGCGGUUUCCUUCAUGCGAUCCUUCUUAAGGGGUGGGGUGACGAUGAUGAAAAAGUUUGGCGAGGAGGGGACGCACAAAUCGGAGAAAUUUUGUGCGUACCAUUCGUUACUCUGGCAGAUUGGUCUCACGCGCGCGCCCGAGCGUCCACAUAAUCUCACCGAGCGCCUUCACUCGCUCACUGGGCGACCGAACGGCGUGCACUCGAAGAGAAACAGCGUGCACGAAUUUUUCAGCCGCAUGAAGCGACAGGACCAGACGUUGUUCGUGCGCGUCGGCGUACGUUCUCUCAUCUCUGGCGCUGAUCAAGCAGCGGUGGCGAAGCGGUUAGCAGUCAUGCUCGAGCGCACGCACGAUUCCCUUCGCGCGAUAUCGAAAGAGCACUUCGGCGGUACAACGUGCGCCAAGCUCAAUAACUUCCGUUUGGCAUCGUCAGAAGGAACGAAUGAAAAUGAUUCAUUAGAUUUCGAGUUCCGGACGAAUAUUCCUUUCAACUUGGCCAACGUUUGUGUCAGCAAGGCGAUAAUGCGCGCGAUUAACUUGAUGAUGCACACGUACGCGAACGAGAUCGGAAGCGUGUGGGACGAUCCAGUGUCACAAAUGUCGUACAUUCCCGUUACCGAGUGGAAUGACGGUUCCGGCUCGACGAAAGAGCAGGAAGACGACGUCGAAGAAACGGACGAGACGGAAUCGGACGAGGACGUCUCCUCAAACUAG